UGGGAAGAAUUUUCAAUGAUUCUGGGGGGAAUACGUGAUGCGUUGUUUCCCGACUCUAUAAAAACGGUGAAUCCGAACUCAAGUUCCACAGAUCAUUUCAAACCGCGCGAAGACAGGGAUCUUGUCUACCCUCAGCCUGUUGUAUAUUAUAAGACAGAAAGGAUGGACCUUUUGACGGUAGCCAUGCUAUCGGUGGCAUGCUUCGUGUUGUACCGGAUAAUCAGCUUUACAGUCAAGCUGUUGAAAGUUGUAUUGCUCUCCGAAUAUCCGCCUAAUGCCGAUGAACUGCCGAGUCUGCCUUUCGUAGGCCAUGCGUACCUCUUAGUCGGUGGCACUGAAGUUGUCUUGAAGAGGAUACUUGAACUGGGAAAAAUUUAUCCUACGUCGUUUCGAUUUCUGUUUGGUAACAAUUCGGUGUACAUCACAACUUCUCCUCAGCAUAUAAAGGAGAUACUCCUCAGUCCGAAGACCAUUGAGAAAAACUACUUCUACGAAUUCGGGCGACCUUGGAUGGGGGACGGAUUAGUCACCGCUCCUGCCUCAAUAUGGGAAGUGCACCGGAAGCUGCUGCAGCCGUCCUUCAAUCCCGUGGCCCUCAAGUCUUACGUCAAAACAUUUGCCACUCAAUCAGUGAUAAUGACCAAGAGGAUGGACGAGCAAUUGGACGGACCAGAAUUUGAAAUAUACAGAUACGUUUUUCUGAAUUCAUUGGACACAAUUUGCGCGACGGCUAUGGGCAUAAAUUUGGAAGCACAGGUGAACGAAGAAUGUCAGUAUGACGAAGCGAUACGGAAGGUGUUGGCUGGUUUCACCAAACGAGCCGUUAGCCCUUGGCUGUACCCAGACUUUAUUUUUUACCGUACGCCACUUGGCAAGGACCUGAUGAAACAGGUCAAUUAUAUGCACGAGUUGACGGACAGCGUGAUACGACAGAAGAAGGCAGAAAUCGUCCGGCAUGGUGAUCAACGAGUAUCAGCCGAUGAAGAACGAGAUGCAGAUGAUGAUUCCACAGCUGGACCUCAGAUACUGAUAGAGAAUCUCUUCAGACUGUCCGACGACAACAAAACGCUGACGGAUAAAGAGGUCCGGGAUCAUGUUGAUACUAUGAUCGUAGCUGGCAGCGAUACAACGGCCAUCACGAUGAACUACGUGUUGUUGAUGCUGGCAUCCCAUCAAGACAUUCAGGAAAAAGUGUACCAGGAAUUGUGCGACAUCUUCGGAGAACAUGUAUUAAACGACGACAGUGAAGAGUUGCACAUCACGAUGGACGUCUUGGCGAGAAUGGCGUACAUGGAGAGAGUGAUCAAAGAAACUAUGCGCCUGUUUGUCAUUGGACCCGUGACCUUCCGGAAGACGACGGACGAUCUGAAUUUAGGUGGGCAUACUGUGCCAAGAGGAAGUUCGGUCAUGGUCAACGUUAUGGGAGUUCACAGAAGUGAGAAGUACUGGCCCGACCCUCUAAAAUUUGAUCCAGACAGAUUCUUACCUGAAAGAUUCGCAAAACAGGAACCGUACUCUUACUUGCCGUUCAGCGCUGGUCGAAGAAAUUGUAUCGGAGCGAAGUACGCUAUGAUGUUCAUGAAGACAAUGACCGCAACGGUUCUCCGAAAAUAUGUUUUAACCAAGGAUAAAGUGGUACAAGUCGAAGAUGUGCGGCUGAAACUUGAGUUUUUACUGAAAUCUGUCCAUCCUGACACUGUACGGAUUAAGAGACGAGCAAAACAGCAUGCUUCUUAUCUCCUUGAAGCUUUGGAAUUCAUGAAACUCACGGAAGCCGUAGACAUCAAAACCGUCUGGGCACCUUUCUUCCGAAGCCUGAUGGACCUUUUGACGGUAGCCACGCUUUCGGUGGCAUGCAUCGUGUUGUACCGGAUAAUCAACGUCGCACUCAAGGUGUUGAAAAUUGUAUUGCUCUCCGAUUUCCCGUCUAAUGCUGAGGAACUUCCAAGUCUGCCUUUUCUAGGUCAUGCGUAUCUCUUCAUUGGCGACACUGAAGCUAUGUUCAACAGGGUUAUUGAACUGGGGAAAAUUUAUCCUACAACGUUUCAACUUUCGUUUGGUCACAAUUCAACGUACUUCACAACUUUACCUAAACAUAUAAAGGAGAUACUCCUCAGUCCGAAGACCAUUGAGAAAAACUACUUCUACGAAUUCGGACGACCUUGGAUGGGGGACGGAUUAAUCACCGCUCCUGCCUCAAAAUGGGAAGUGCACCGGAAGCUGAUGCAGCCGUCCUUCAAUUCCGUGGCUCUCAAAGGUUUUGUCAAAACAUUUGUCACUCAGUCAGUGAUAAUGGCCAAUAAGAUGGAGCGGCAUUUGGACGGACCAGAAUUCAAAAUAUGCCGAUACGUUUCUCUGUGUUCAUUGGACACAAUUUGCGUGACGGCCAUGGGCAUAAAUUUGAAAGCACAGGAGAGCGAAGAAUGUUGGUACGACGAAGCGAUUCAGAAGGUGUUGGCUGGUUUCGCCAAACGAGCCGUUAGCCCUUGGUUGUACCCGGACUUUAUUUUCUACUGUACGCAACUUGGCAAGGAUCAGACAAAAUACAUCAAGUAUAUGCACGACUUGACUGACGAAGUGAUACGACAGAAGAAGGCAAAAAUCGUCCGGCAUGGUGAUCAACGAGUAUCAGCCGAUGAAGAACGAGAUGCAGAUGAUGAUUCCACAGCUGGACCUCAGAUACUGAUAGAAAAUCUCUUCAGACUAUCCAACGACAACCAAACGUUAACGGAUAAAGACGUCCGGGAUCAUGUUGAUACUAUGAUCGCAGCCGGCAACGAUACAACGGCCAUGACGAUGAACUACUUUUUGUUGAUGCUGGCAUCCCAUCAAGACAUUCAGGAAAAAGUGUACCAGGAAUUGUGCGACAUCUUUGGAGAACAUGUAUUAAACGACGACAGUGAGGAGUUGCACAUCACGAUGGAGGUCUUGGCGAGAAUGGCGUACAUGGAGAGAGCGAUCAAAGAAACUAUGCGCCUGUUUGUCGUUGGACCCACGACCUUCCGGAAGGCAACGGAGGAUCUGGAUUUAGGUCAGUGUACUUUGCCAAAAGGGAGUUCGGUUGUUAUUAACGUUAUGGGAGUUCACAGAAGUGAGAAGUACUGGCCCGACCCUCUAAAAUUUGAUCCAGACAGAUUCUUACCUGAACGGUUUGCAAAACAAGAACCGUACUCCUACUUGCCGUUCAGUGGUGGUCGAAGAAAUUGUAUCGGAGCCAAGUACGCUAUGAUGUUAAUGAAGAUAAUGACCACAAUGAUUCUCCGAAAAUAUGUUUUAUCUAAGGAUAAAGUGGUACCGGUCGAAGAUGUGCGGCUAAGAAUUGAUUUUUUACUGAAAUCUGUUGAACCUGACACUGUACGGAUUAAGAGACGCGCAAAACAGCAUGCCUCUUGGAAAAGCAACAUUGCCUGCGAAUAAUCCUUUCCACUAAAGGGUAGUGAUUCUACUUUGUUUUGUUUUAUCAAAUUAUUUGUUGUUAUUUACUUGUUCUUGUUUUCAAUAUUAUCCGAGAAACGUUCUGUUUUUUCAAGAAUUUUCGCACACAAUUUUCGUCAUUUCUCUCAACUCUCUCAUAUUUUUCAAUUAUUUGACACCCAACAGCACAUAGAUAUUCAAGGCAACAUUACCGUAGAAUUCAUGAUACUUGUGGUUUAAGGGUACAAGAUUUGCGUUUCAUAGUGAUAUUACUCAAUUCAAACUGCUGAAUUGAAAGUACAGUGUUGAGCAACUCAAAGCGUACCAAAAAGUAAAAAGAAAACAAUCAAAAAAGAAUGGUUAUCGAAGUUCAUUGAUUUUGAGUGAACUAAUUUCUUCUAAUUAUAUUAUUAACUGAAUCUAAUUCAUCAACUAGACAUAAUAAUCCAUGUAAAUUGUAUAAUCGCAACUGUCGGCACAAUAUUUUUUUAUAUUCAAAAUAUAUUCUGUAAAUCCAAAUCAUUUCCAUUAUAAAAGUAAAUGCUGCAAAAC